AUGUCUGUCCUACUCCCCCCGCCGAAACGUCAAAAGGUGUACCAUGGCAUACCACAGCCCGCCCCAGAGCCGCCGAAAGCCACUGCAAAUGUCGUGGUACAAUUCGUUUCAGAGGACGAUGGCUCACCUUUAGCACCUGCCGUCAACCUACCAGCAAAUGUGUCGAGAGAAGGACUAGAGGCUUUGGUCAACAAGUUGUCGGUCAAGGAUGAGGAUCCCGUGCCGUUUUCCUUCUCAAUAGAGCUCCCAGCAGACGCUGUUACUGCUGGAGCUCCUUCUCGCGUGGUCAUCGCGAAAUCUAUAGAAGAAGACGUGUUGUCGCAUGCUUCAAAAGCAUUUACACCAGAAGACGUCUUUGUGAUCCGAUGUUCUCCUCAAGCAGUGUUCAAGGUGCGGCCAGCAACCCGUUGCUCAUCAACGCUAUCAGGACAUGCAUCACCGAUCCUUUGUGCCUCCUUCUCACCAACCGGGAAUCUUCUCGCAACCGGUUCUGGCGACUGCACCGCUCGUCUCUGGGAUCUCUUCACUGAAACACCAUCCCAUACACUCUCGGGGCACAAAGGCUGGGUAUUAUGUGUCGAAUGGGAGGCGAUGGAGAGGAAACUUGCUACUGGCGGGCAUGAUGGACACGUUAGACUAUGGGACCCCAAAACCGGGAAGCCGAUUGGCGACGCCCUCAAAGGCCAUACAAAAUGGGUCACUUCCCUUGCCUGGGAGCCAAUCCACAUAAACGCCUCAUCGCCGCGCCUGGCAUCUUCUUCCAAAGACGGUACGGUCCGUGUCUGGAAUGCAUCCACUCGCCGCUUGGAAUAUGCGCUGGGUGGUCAUUCGGCCAGCGUAAACGUUGUUCGCUGGGGCGGUGGCGGGAUGGGCGGAAAGGGCGUGCUCUACACCGCAUCAAGCGACAGGACUGUGAGGGUCUGGGACGCCAACGGGGGGAAACCUUUGUACACGCUGAAAGAUCACGCACAUUGGGUGACGACGCUCACGCUCAACACUGAUUUCGUCCUCCGAACGGGACCAUAUAACCACAAGGGCAAGAAACCCGCGUCAGAGGAGGAAGCUCAGAAACUCGCGCUGGAGAGAUACAACACCCUUCUCGCCUCCACGCCCGAACUCCUCAUCUCAGGCUCAGACGACCACACCCUCUUCCUCUGGUCUCUCUUCCCCUCCUCUGAUUCUGCUCCGUCGACGAGACCCAUCACCCGACUGACAGGCCACCAGCGGCAGAUUUCGCACGUCGCGUUCUCACCGGACGGCCGGUGGGCGGCAAGCGCCGGCUGGGACAACGCGAUCCGGAUAUGGGAGGGGCGAACGGGCAAGUACAUCGCGACGCUCCGGGGCCACGUCGGGCCUGUCUAUAGGCUCGCUUGGAGCGCGGACUCCCGGAUGCUGGUGAGCGCGAGUAAGGACACGACGUUGAAGAUAUGGGAUUUGAAGACGUACAAGCUGAAGAAUGAUCUUCCGGGCCAUACGGACGAGGUUUACUGUGUAGAUUUUGUGGCGGACAAAGUCGUUAGCGGUGGGAGGGACAAGACGGUGAAAAUUUGGAAGAAUUAGAAUAUCUGUUGCGACAGUUGUCGGUAUGUAGAUGGACGCAGCCGAUUGUGCAAGGUAGCAGUUCCUUUGAAAUAUUGUCGGACGACAAGCGUAGUGCAAGGCGAGCCUCUUUGUGCAGUCA